AUGAGCCGAGGGCUAUGGGCUACAUUGGUUCCCAGUCAUAAGCGUGUCUGUACUCGCGUUAUGACCAGGUCGAAUAAUCACAUCCAUCCCUUUCUACCUUCUGCCGCCCAGCUUCCGAACGCCUAUACAAUGAUCUCAACGUCAGCAUCCGGCGGAUCUCCCUUCCCACAAAACCGUUUCCCCGUUGAUUCUGAUAAGGCUUUUGGUUUCGAUCCUCAUUCUUACUCCAGUGGCCGGUGGUUGCGGCAGGACAAGUUGCAACGUGCCGCUCGCCACAUUGAAUUCAACUUCGAUGCACUUUGCCAGAGGGUCCUCGAUGUUUCACCUGGCGCAGACACGAUCACAGACUGCAAGAAACUGGAAGGAGGUUUCAAUCGAGUAUUUCUUUUUAUGUUAAACGACGCCAGGCGGGCUGUGGCGAGACUCCCAUUUGCUCUUGCUGGACCAGCGAAACUAACGACAUCCUCGGAAGUCGCUACUAUAAACUACCUACAAUGCAAGACUAGUCUUCCUAUUCCCAGAAUUCUUGAUUGGAGCAACGAUGCUACAAGUGCCAAUAACACUGUUGGUAGCGAAUAUAUUAUCAUGGAACAUGCUCCAGGCGUGUCGCUGCAUCAGAAAUGGCCCGAAAUGGCUGGUGACCAGCGGGUCAAGUGCAUAGAUGCGAUCUAUCGAAAGAUGAAAGAGAUAGAUGACCUACGGUUUCCAGCUUUCGGGAGUCUGUACUUCGCUAAUCAUCCCCAUUUUGGUGGUGUACAUCCUUUGGAUAACGAAUUUUGCAUUGGCCCACACUGCGGAACUCGGUAUUGGGACUGUAAUGUUGGUGAACAGAGACAUUAUCAUAGGCGUAGUAUUGGUGAGUUCUGUGAUGGUCUCAUUGACGCAGGUCUUUCAAGACUCCCCCCAGUUGAUUAUACCAACGAUAACAAACCUUUCUAUCACGGUUCAACCAGAAUACACCGGUCUUUGUUAGAAAGUGCUCGAGCUAUGCUAAAGCAAAUGUCUGCCGAUCAUCGAAUUGCAGAAGCUGCUGUGCCAUUGUUAUUCCACCCAGAUCUACAUAAGAGGAAUAUAUUUGUCUCAGAUGACGACCCUACCACGAUUACAGGCAUUAUUGACUGGCAGGCGACAAGUAUUGAGCCAGCUUUCUGGUAUUCAGACGAGAGACCAGAUUUUGCAGUCUCUACUGACACUGGAGAUACUGUUUAUGCUGAAGCAUUUGAAUUAUCUUCUCGGUUUCUCACACCCAUUCUCUCUGGCCCUCGGCUGAUGGACGAAACCCUCCUCCGACCUUUUCGUUAUAGCUACAGGACAUGGAAGGACGGGGCAGUUGCACUACGCCACGAUAUGAUUGAAGCAGCUCGACAUUGGAAAGAGCUCGGACUUCCAGGCCAGUGUCUGUACACUCUACCCACGCCAAACGAGUUAGCCGAACACGAGAAGGAAUACAAACUCUUCGAGGCGGCACAGGUUCUAAGACGCGAUCUCUCAACCCUGCUCAACACAGCGUCCGAUGGGUGGGUGCCUCCUGAAGAGUGGGAAGCAACGGAAUUGGCUCAUAGGGAGGUGUUUACCGGGAUGUUGGAGGCUGUUACAACAAAUCAAGAAUUGGAUGAGGAUGAGCCUGUGAAGGACGGGGAAACCCUACGAUCAACCUGGCCGUUUGAUAUCCCCGCCUUGGAGUGA